UCGCGUCACGGUCCGCUCCGCGCGUGCGCAGGGCAGCCGGCGGCUCGGGUUGCAGGCGCGCGGGUGAGAGCGCCUGUCAGCCGCUGGGUCGGUCCUCCCGCUGGCCCUCCCCCUCCCCGGCCUUCGGGGCAGGCGCGGUGGAGCCCGCCCCUCGGGUCCCCCGAUGGGGGAGAAGCGGCGACGGCGGCAGCGGAGUGAGCGAGCCGGAGCGUGAGUGGCCCCGCGGCGGCCAUGGGCGACCCAGCCCCCGCCCGUAGCCUGGACGACAUCGACCUGUCUGCCCUGCGGUGAAAGUAAAAUGAUUGACUGUUGGCUGAGAUCUAUAGCUCCUCCAUUGCUGUGAGAUUCUCUUGGGGAGGUCGGGGUACAUGCUUCAGGCUGCUGAAUGGCAGGUCCGUUGAGAUGCUGGACAGAUUUGGAGAACAAGGAGAACUCGGGCACUUCCUCCGGGGAGUUUCCCAGACCCUGCAGGAAUCUUUGAGCUGGUGGAGGUGGUUGGCAAUGGAACCUAUGGACAGGUGUACAAGGGUCGGCAUGUCAAGACUGGGCAGCUGGCUGCCAUUAAGGUCAUGGAUGUCACAGAGGAUGAGGAGGAAGAGAUCAAACAGGAGAUCAACAUGUUAAAGAAGUACUCUCACCAUCGCAAUAUCGCCACCUACUAUGGGGCCUUUAUCAAGAAGAGCCCCCCUGGAAACGAUGACCAGCUCUGGCUAGUGAUGGAGUUCUGCGGAGCUGGUUCAGUGACUGACCUGGUAAAGAACACAAAAGGGAACGCACUGAAGGAGGAUUGCAUUGCUUACAUCUGCAGGGAGAUUCUCAGGGGUCUUGCCCAUCUCCAUGCCCACAAGGUGAUCCACCGAGAUAUCAAGGGACAAAAUGUGCUGCUGACAGAGAAUGCUGAAGUCAAGCUAGUGGACUUUGGGGUGAGUGCUCAGCUAGACCGCACUGUGGGCAGGCGGAACACUUUCAUUGGGACCCCAUACUGGAUGGCUCCAGAAGUCAUUGCCUGUGACGAGAACCCCGAUGCUACCUAUGACUACAGGAGUGACAUUUGGUCUCUAGGAAUCACAGCCAUUGAAAUGGCAGAGGGAGCCCCCCCUCUGUGUGACAUGCACCCUAUGCGGGCUCUCUUCCUCAUCCCUCGGAACCCUCCCCCCAGGCUCAAGUCAAAGAAGUGGUCUAAGAAGUUCACUGACUUCAUUGACACGUGUCUCAUCAAGACUUACCUGAGCCGACCACCAACAGAACAGUUACUCAAAUUUCCCUUCAUCCGAGACCAGCCCACGGAGCGGCAGGUCCGCAUCCAACUCAAGGACCACAUUGACCGCUCCCGGAAGAAGCGGGGUGAGAAAGAGGAGACAGAGUAUGAGUACAGUGGCAGUGAAGAGGAAGACGACAGCCAUGGAGAGGAAGGCGAGCCAAGCUCCAUCAUGAAUGUGCCCGGGGAGUCCACACUGCGCCGAGAAUUCCUCAGACUCCAACAGGAGAAUAAGAGCAACUCUGAGGCUUUAAAGCAGCAGCAGCAGCUACAGCAGCAGCAGCAGCGGGACCCGGAAGCACACAUCAAACACCUGCUGCACCAGCGGCAGCGUCGCAUAGAGGAGCAGAAGGAAGAGCGGCGACGCGUGGAGGAGCAACAGCGGCGAGAGCGGGAACAGCGGAAGCUGCAGGAGAAGGAGCAGCAGCGGCGGUUGGAAGACAUGCAAGCCCUAAGGCGAGAGGAAGAGAGGCGGCAAGCUGAGCGGGAACAGGAAUAUAUCCGUCACAGGCUAGAGGAGGAGCAGCGACAGCUCGAGAUCCUUCAGCAACAGCUGCUCCAGGAACAGGCCUUGCUGCUGGAAUACAAGCGGAAGCAGCUGGAGGAGCAGCGGCAGUCGGAGCGGCUCCAGAGACAGCUGCAGCAGGAGCAUGCCUACCUCAAGUCCCUGCAGCAGCAGCAACAGCAGCAGCAGCUCCAGAAGCAGCAGCAGCAACAGAUCCUGCCUGGAGACAGGAAGCCCCUGUAUCAUUAUGGUCGGGGCAUUAAUCCUGCUGACAAGCCAGCAUGGGCCCGAGAGGUAGAAGAGAGAGCUCGGAUGAACAAGCAGCAGAACUCUCCCUUGGCCAAGGCGAAGCCAAGCAGUGCGGGGCCAGAGCCCCCCAUUUCCCAGGCCUCUCCUAGCCCCCCAGGACCUCUUUCCCAAACUCCUCCUAUGCAGAGGCCUGUGGAGCCUCAGGAAGGACCGCACAAGAGCCUGGUGGCACACCGGGUCCCACUGAAGCCAUAUGCAGCACCUGUACCCCGGUCCCAGUCCCUGCAGGACCAGCCCACUCGAAACCUGGCUGCCUUCCCAGCCUCUCAUGACCCUGACCCUGCUGCUGUCCCCACACCCACUGCCACACCCAGUGCCCGAGGAGCUGUCAUCCGGCAGAAUUCAGACCCCACCUCUGAAGGGCCUGGGCCCAGCCCAAACCCUCCAUCCUGGGUCCGGCCUGAUAAUGAGGCUCCACCCAAGGUUCCACAGAGGACCUCUUCUAUUGCCACUGCCCUUAACACCAGUGGGGCUGGAGGGUCUCGGCCAGCUCAGGCUGUCCGUGCCAGACCUCGCAGUAACUCCGCCUGGCAAAUCUAUCUGCAGAGGCGGGCAGAGCGGGGCACCCCCAAGCCUCCUGGGCCCCCAGCUCAGCCCCCUGGCCCGCCCAACGCCUCUAGUAACCCUGACCUCAGGAGGAGUGACCCUGGCUGGGAGCGCUCAGACAGUGUCCUCCCGGCCUCCCACGGCCACCUCCCUCAGGCUGGCUCCUUGGAGCGGAACCGAAACCGUGUAGGAGCCUCCACAAAACUGGAUAGCUCUCCAGUGCUCUCCCCUGGGAACAAAGCCAAGCCUGAAGAUCACCGCUCACGGCCAGGCCGGCCCGCAAGCUAUAAGCGAGCAAUUGGUGAGGAUUUUGUGUUGCUCAAAGAGCGGACUCUGGAUGAGGCCCCCAAGCCUCCCAAGAAGGCUAUGGACUACUCCUCAUCCAGUGAGGAGGUGGAGAGCAGUGAAGAUGAUGAGGAGGAAGGCGAUGGGGAGCCAUCAGAGGGGAGCAGAGACACUCCCGGGGGCCGCAGUGACGGUGAUACAGACAGCGUCAGCACCAUGGUGGUUCAUGAUGUUGAGGAGAUAUCCGGGACCCAGCCCUCUUAUGGGGGAGGCACCAUGGUGGUCCAGCGUACUCCUGAAGAGGAACGAAGCCUGCUGCUUGCUGAUAGCAAUGGCUACACAAACCUGCCGGAUGUGGUCCAGCCCAGCCACUCACCUACUGAGAACAGCAAAGGUCAAAGCCCUCCAACAAAGGACGGAGGCAGUGAUUACCAGUCUCGUGGGCUGGUAAAGGCCCCAGGAAAGAGCUCUUUCACCAUGUUUGUGGAUCUAGGGAUCUACCAGCCUGGAGGCAGUGGGGACACCAUCCCUAUCACAGCACUAGUGGGUGGAGAAGGUGGUCGUCUUGAUCAGCUGCAAUUCGAUGUGAGGAAGGGCUCUGUGGUCAAUGUCAAUCCCACCAACACCCGAGCUCAUAGUGAAACUCCUGAGAUUCGCAAGUACAAGAAGCGAUUCAAUUCCGAGAUCCUCUGUGCAGCUCUUUGGGGGGUCAACCUCCUAGUGGGCACAGAGAAUGGGCUGAUGUUGCUGGACCGAAGUGGGCAGGGCAAAGUGUAUGGACUAAUUGGGCGACGACGCUUCCAGCAAAUGGAUGUCCUGGAAGGGCUCAACUUGCUCAUCACCAUCUCAGGGAAAAGGAACAAACUGCGGGUAUAUUACCUGUCCUGGCUUCGGAACAAGAUUCUACACAAUGACCCAGAGGUGGAAAAGAAGCAGGGGUGGACCACCGUGGGGGACAUGGAAGGCUGCGGCCACUAUCGUGUCGUGAAAUAUGAGCGAAUUAAGUUCCUGGUCAUUGCCCUGAAGAACUCCGUGGAGGUGUAUGCCUGGGCCCCCAAACCCUACCACAAAUUCAUGGCCUUCAAGUCCUUUGCUGACCUCCCUCACCGCCCUCUCCUGGUGGACCUGACAGUAGAAGAGGGACAGCGGCUCAAGGUCAUCUAUGGUUCCAGUGCUGGCUUCCAUGCUGUGGAUGUUGACUCUGGGAACAGCUAUGACAUCUACAUCCCUGUACAUAUCCAGAGCCAGAUCACACCCCACGCCAUCAUCUUCCUCCCCAAUACGGAUGGCAUGGAGAUGCUGCUGUGCUAUGAGGAUGAGGGUGUCUACGUCAACACGUAUGGGCGGAUCAUCAAGGAUGUGGUGCUGCAGUGGGGAGAGAUGCCCACCUCUGUGGCCUACAUCUGCUCCAACCAGAUAAUGGGCUGGGGUGAGAAGGCCAUAGAGAUCCGCUCUGUGGAGACAGGCCACCUAGAUGGGGUCUUCAUGCACAAAAGAGCCCAGAGGCUCAAGUUCCUGUGUGAGCGGAAUGACAAGGUGUUUUUUGCCUCAGUCCGCUCUGGAGGAAGCAGCCAAGUUUACUUUAUGACUCUGAACCGUAACUGCAUCAUGAACUGGUGACGAGGCCCCUGGGCUGGGGCUCCCCAUAUGGACCCAGCUCUUUCCCCACAGCCAGACUACCCAGGCCGCCCCUGCCCUUCCACCCCCCUUGGGCUUUUGCUUUUACUGGUUUGAUUCACUGGAGCCUGCUGGGAACGUGACCUCAUAUCCCUGAAGCUUUUGUGAUCACGUAACCAUCCUUUCCCCAACAUUCUCAGAGCUGUGCCUUUCCCAGCUUCUGGGGAAUAGCACAGCUUCCUUCCCUUACCAGGAACUGAGUGGGACUCGCUCCUCCCCUUGUCUCCACAGAAGGGGAGCGUGCUUGGGGCUUGGACCCCUUACCCUAUUGCUGCUGAAUGAGCAGGGCCCUGACCCCUUUAUUUGCACGCCAGGGGAGCCGGCUCCCCCCUUGAAUGUACCAGACUCUGGGGGGGUGGGUGUUCACUGGGCCCUGGGUUCUGGAGGGGAUGGGCGGUCACCAGCCACUCUAGGGGCAGGGACCAUUUCCUCAUUUUCUGAAAGCACUUUAAUGAUCCCCCCCCAGCCCCCAGGGAAUGGAGGAGGGACCCCAUAGCCAAAACAUUCCCCCCUUUCCUCCCCACCCCUACCCCUACCAGCCUCUCCCCUUCCCUAGAGGGAGAGAGCUCAGAGCUCCCACCCUCCAUCCUCCCUUGCUUGCAUCUGUAUAUAGUGUGAGCAGCAAGUAGCCCUUCUCCCUCCUAUAUCCUUCUCAAUGUAGUGGCCUUGGAUAUCCCCUUUGUUAAUAAAGACAAUUCAACCAGCUUCCAC